AUGGCUUCAGCAUUAAGAAAGCUUUUUAGGUCUUCAGACCGCCACAGGUCUGGUGAUAGGGCCGGUGGUUGGCGACGGAAAAAUAACAGCAAUAGCAAGAAUGGUUCGACUGACUCUCCAACUCAUCAUCAUCAUUCAGCUGCUAUGCGAUUCUUUGGACACUGUCCAAGUCCGAGAAUGUCAAAGCGCGAGACCAAUAAAAUCAGUCCUGAAGACGGUGCCAAUAGCCAGAAAUUGACAUCAAAUGUCAGCGGUGCAUGUGGCGUUAGUAGUGAUUCCGAAGCAUUCAACGCAACUGCUGCCGACAAAGCAUCUUCCAAUAGCAGCACGGCUUCUCCAAACCGCAGUGUGCGUUUCAAGUCGUCCAAAUCUUCAAAGACUUCUCCAAAAGCACCAGUUUCAAAUGGUCCGUCACAAAAACAUACCCAAACUGUCCGAACACGGCGUUUAAUGAAAGAGUAUCAAGAAAUCACCAAAUACUCCAGAAGUUUGGAGAAACCACCUUUUGUUGUCGAGCUGGUGGAUGAUAACUUAUACGAAUGGAACGUAAAGCUUUUUCAAAUCGAUCCAGAAUCUGAAUUUUACCAUGAUAUGCAAGAAGCAGAGAUUGGGCAUGUUUUACUCAACAUGGUCUUCCCUGAGAAUUUUCCAUUUUCUCCACCUUUUAUGCGCGUUAUUUCUCCACAUGUUGAGAAAGGCUUCGUUAUGGAAGGUGGAGCAAUAUGCAUGGAGCUGCUGACUCCUAGAGGAUGGGCCAGCGCAUAUACGAUCGAAGCCGUUGUCAUGCAGUUUGCUGCCAGUCUUGUAAAAGGUCAAGGUAGAAUAGCCAGAAAAUGCAAAAAUGGCAAAGAAUUCAGUCGGAAAUCUGCGGAAGCUUCAUUCAGGAGUCUGGUCAAAACUCAUGAUAAAUACGGCUGGGUUACUCCACCCCUUGCCGAUGGUUAA